AUGCCAAAAAUAAAGCUUUCUUCUUAUAUAGAUUCAAAAUUUAAUUUUACUAAUACCACUUCAAUUGUGGAUUUUUUAACUCCAUCUAAGGAGGAACUUCAUAAGCAGCAUCAAGAUGCUAAAAUAUGUCUUAUGGGAUGGCUUGUAAUGAUUAUUUGGGUUAGUAUAAUUUGUUUUGCUACAAAAGAUUUUUGGCUUGGAAAUCAAUGUUUUAAUAAUGAUGAAACAGAAAAAAUUGAAAAUAAUUCAUUUGAAGAAGAAAUUUGA